AUUCAUAAAAAAUGUGUAUAUGUUAAAUGCUAACCAAGUUUGAAAAGUAAAUCAAUUCCUUUCGCCGCUAUUGUUAUGCCUUAGCAUGCCUGAAUUUCUAAACGUUUGUAUAUUUUGCAGGAAGUCAGCCAAAAUACACAUAGUAACUUAUUUGUUAAGACAAUCUAAAAAAGCUGUGAUAAUGUUAGAUCUAACAUAUUUGAAGCGGAUUUUUAAUGUUUUUAUAUUAAGUUUAUUGAUUAUACAUGACGUCAGCAGUCAAUGUGAUGGUACUGGACCUCUAGUACUACAAUCAUCAACUUCUCCGCAGUACUUUACGUCUCCUAACUAUCCUUCAAAUUAUCUCCCUAACACAAAUUGCUCAUGGCGUAUAGAGGCACCGACUGUUGACGAUAAGAUUAUUAUCAAUGUUGAGGAUUUCAAAAUGGCAGGAACAACCGUGGAUUAUCUCAAUGUAUAUGAUUCAUCUGACGAUUCUACUACCCCUGUGAAAACGAUGUAUGAAGCAAACGCUAAUUCCUUCAAUGCUUAUGUAAGUACUACCAGUGCCUUGUAUAUAACAUUCCUCUCAAAUGAUGAUGCUGAAGUGGAUCGAGGCUUCCAGAUCCUCUUUUUCACGAGUAAUCCAGACAACCAAGCAGCAUGUGGAACCACCUUAACUGUAACCUCGCAAGAACAAGUAUUUAUGUCACCAAAUUUGCCACAGCCUUAUAACGCGAGUAUUUGUUCCUGGACAUUUUCAUCUUCAGCAGCAAUUUUGUUUCAAUUGAAGUUCCUGGAUUUGGGAGGCUGUCUUCAGAGCCACAUAACGUUCUACGACGGUCUAUCCGAUUCCGAUCCAAAGCUAAAGGAACUAUGUCACACUGCGCUUACAUACACGUUUGACAACAUUACGACGACAGGUACCGACGGCUAUAUUGCCUAUAGAGUGACUGAUCAACCAAAUGAUUAUUAUGGCUUUAUGUUGGUGUACGGAGAAAGUCAAGUAACAUCAACAACGACUUCUAUCCCGACAACAACAACAUCAGUUCCUACAACAACAACGGCUUCUCCAACAACAACCUUGACCCCUAAUAUAUUUGAUAAUUGCACGGCUUCCGGAGCGUUCUUGGCUGCAUCAAUAUCACCAAACUUUGACUACAUAUAUUCGCCUGAUUAUGAAAGUGGAGCAUAUCCAAGUAACAAAUAUUGUAGAUGGUACAUCACCGCACCUGACAACUUUGCAGUUGAAGCCUAUUUUGAUGAUGACACAUACGGUAUUGAAAGAAAUACAUACUGUCGCUAUGAUUAUGUCAUCUUUUACGACGGUAAUUCGACAAAGGACACAAUGUUAAACAAGUUUUGUGGAUUGAUUCGACCACCCACGGUUUAUAGAAGUUCAAGCACUCAAAUGUUGAUCGUCUUCAACUCAGACUAUAUCAUACAAAAAGCUGGGUUUAAAAUUAGAAUAAGGGCGGUUGACAACACUUAUCCAGGUUGUAAAGCGGAUUAUACCGCAGAAGCCGUGCUUUAUAAUAGAUUGGAAAACUACAUUUUCAACAACUAUACUUAUAUCAACAAUAUAUCGUCACCAGGAUUUGGAACAUCAGACUACCCUCUAAACGUAGAGGUAUUUUGGUUGUUUUUCAACGCUAACACCACAGGUUACAGGAUCGUCCUUGACAUUAUCAGCAUAAGUAUUGAGAGAUCAUAUAACUGUAUCUAUGAUCGACUCGUCUUGUAUGAUGGGCCAUGUAUAAAAGAUGGUAUCAAAGAUACUGUAUGUGGCUACUGGAAGAAACAAUGGAACCUUGACGGUGAAGAAUAUCUUCUUCAUUUCCAUAGUGAUAGUUAUAUUACACAAUCAGGAUUUUUGAUAAAUUAUUAUGCCGAGGAAAAGACAGUGCCAGUCGCAGACACGACAUCAACAACCACGAUUGGUCCCCCAGUUGGCGCUGUUGUCGACGCGGUUAAAGAAAUGCUAACAAAUUACUCAAACGAAAAUCUACCAGUAAGAGAUUUUAGUGAACCAGUACGAGCAGUUGUUGACUUCUAUUUCGUUGGAAUAAACGGACUUGACGAGGUAUCACAGAAGCUGACAUCUAUCGGACAAUUUGUAGUGACAUGGGAAGACCCAAGUCUAACAUGGGACCCUACCAAGCGACAAGGUGUCGUUCAGGUUCUUCUUCCUCAAAACGAUAUUUGGAAGCCGGACAUUGCAUUGAUAAAUGGGUUCACCAAGAUCACAGCCAUGGGAGCAAAGUUCAUGUUUAUAGACAUCAAUUAUAAUGGAUCAUGUAUAUGGAAACCUUACCAGGUUAUGGAUUCUGUCUGUCAUGUUGAUAUGACCCAUUACCCUUAUGACAGACAAAUAUGUAUUUUAAAAUUUGGCACAUGGUCAAGUGAUGACAGUCAAGUAAUUACAGUACUAGGAAAGCUUGGGCUGCAGAUGCAUCCAAACUUCCAAGAAAACGCUGAAUGGCGUUUAAUUUCAACUGAAACAAAGCAAAUGGUUAACAGCCUUCAUAAAAUUGUGGAGUUUCACAUUACUUUAGAACGGAAUUCAUUAUACGUGACUUACUACAUGACAAUUCCAAUCAUUAUGUUGGCUUAUAUGAACGUUUUUGUAUUUGCAGUCCCCUGUGAAUCUGGUGAGAAAACAGGAUAUAGCAUAACAAUAUUUCUUUCCCUGGUUGUCCUUUUGAUUAUCAACAAUCAGUCUUUGCCAAAUAAUUCGGACACAACUUCCCUGUUCGCUGUUUAUGUGUUGGCAAUGACAAUAUUGAGUGCAAUAGCUCUAAUAAUAAGCACGCUAGAAAUUCGAGCUAUAGCAUUUGAUGAAAGGAUGUUUCCAAUACCAAAACGCUUGAAGAAAUUUAUAGCAUUUGUAAAUAAGAUAGAAUCACUGGUUCUGUGUGACGAUGCAGAUAAUACAGAAUUUAAAACCGAGGUAGUGGAACUACGUCCUUACAGAAAAGAGAGUCCAAAAGAAAAAAGUGGAUAUAGAAGUCCUCUCCUUACCUCAAAACAUGCAGAAACAUAUGAAAAUGAUGAUAUUGAUGUAUCUGAAAGUUACGAUUUAAAAAACUCAGAACGGUUCGCCAUGCCUCGGAAUCGAAAAAAUAAUAUAGUUACUCUUGAACGCCAGACUACAUUAUUCGAAGAAAAUUCAUUGAUGAGACGUUCUGAUACACCUUCAUUCGAAAUUCAUUCACCAGUUAGUGAUGUUCAAACUACCACUGAAGAACCUUUUACAUCAAAAAAUGACAACGUUUAUUCCCGCAGCUCUCUGACUUCAGAAACACCAGAAGAGCUUUCCGAUCACCCUACAAAUGAAGAAAAUGGUAAGGAAACCGAUUCGCAUUUUGAACAAGAAUCAGACACAUCGAUGAUACACCAUUCUUCCGAACCACAGUCCAAAUAUGAAACAAAUGAUGAAGAAAGAAAUAUAGCAUUCGACCCGUAUUCAGAAACAUCAAAGAAACCUCAUACAUGCAAACAGGAUUCCAAACUGAAAAAUGACAAGAAAGAUGUCGAUUCGCUUUUUGAUUCGGAAUCCCAUUCACCGAUGGGACAAAACCUGUCUGAUGAAUCUUUUACUUUAGAAAAUGAAACUAAUUUAGAAAACAAGGAGGACAUCGAUUCUCUUUUUGACCAAGAAUUUGACACGUCUGUUACUAAUGGCUGUUAUUUGACAUCAGGUUCAGAAAGUAAACUUCCGAAAAACAAUGCAGAUAAUCAAUACGAACUACAGGCUACAGACUCCGAUAAAAAUGGUUAUUCUUUGCCACCGGAAAACGCUCAGACAUUUACUGUUGAAGUCUCUCACUCUCAAAACGUAAAAGAAUUUAAAAGAAAUGAACUUGCGAAUAAACACGACGCAGAAGCUGUUGGCAAAUAUGUUCAAACCUCUCAAGAUAAAUUACACGGACAUCGCGAUAAAAGAAUUGGCAGUGGAGACGUCGUGCAAGAAAAACAACAGUCGGGCUCAUUAAUUGAUGAAAUAACUGAGCUGCAACCCCUGACGGCAGAUGAUGUUAAAAUGAACAGGCCAAUGUCAGCAACAGAAAAUGGAGCUAUAUUUUUAAGCAAAAGCGUGUCAGACAGAGGGCUCGGAAGUGCUACAACAAGAAAUGGGAGGGCAUUGUCGGUUUCAUUUGGCCGACCCGUUUUAACAAGAGAAAGUAAUAGAGUUGUAUCUGUUUUAAGCAAGCGGCCUUUAUCAUUUGUUAGUAGGACAAGACGAUCAUCCGCGGUUUCCCAAAUUAACAACACGUACUUACUUUUUGAUACUUAUGAUGAAGAUGAUAAUGAACAAGAAAAAAGACUUAAAGAAGACAGUGAGUCCGAUCACAGCAAUGACCAUUCGAGUGAUGAGUUUAAAAGUAGCAGUCUUACAGAAAGUCUAGGAGAAAACGGUGACAAGGAGGAAGACCUUUCUUGGCCGGAUCUUGUUUCCUGUGCAGACAUUAUUUUCUUCAUAGUUUAUUUGCUAGUGACUACGGUAAUGUCUCUAGCAUUAUUCAUUACGAUGGUACAAGCUUAUUGACCUACAGAAGUUAUGUGAAUUAUAUGAGCAUAAUACAUUGGGUUUGCGUUUUGAAUGUUGUGUAAUAAUGUUCUAUUCGUGACUUCAUUUUCUCGUGUCUUUAAGUAAAUAUCACAUUUUAUCAUAUUAUUGAACUCUUGAUCACUCUGAAAUUGCGUAUCUUUAGCUAAAGAAAGAUAAAUACUACUACGUAACUCUUUAUCUUGAACGAUUACACAUGUUAAUAUGACUUCAGUCGUUGUAUAGUUAUCGUUUAAAUUUGUACUGCCUGAGUUUGAUUAAACACUAAGUAAUCUCUUUUUUGUAACAAAUAACCAUUGACUUCCUUAUUAAAUACAAUGUCUUUGAACGAUAUUGAUGCUGUUGUUAAUAUUUUGUGUCUUUUACUUAUUGUUUUGUUUUUUCCUUGUCUUCUUGACUAUGUAUGCCUAUGCUAUAUUUCAUGCAAUAAACUAUGUUUAAAUUAA